CGGCUGAACGCCUCUGGGAUUUCUCCCCAAAACAAGGAAGAGGUCCGAGUAGGGUAGCUGACACUUUUGUUUUGCUUCAAGGCGAAAUCCUCCUGCAAAACUGCUACAAUUGCGGUUGUAACGCAUUUAAGCAGUGCGCCUGCUGCAUAGUAGCGGCAAGCAACAGCGCCAACGCGUGAGAGCUCGUCUAGGCGAUGGGGUCGGUGCUAAGCGGCGACGGACGGGAGACGGCGAGGACGCCGGAUGUUAGCAACCCCCAAGGCAGUAUUCAGUUCCCACAACCGUCAGACCGAGCGGGAUGCGUGGAAAAGCAGCAAAUUCCCUCUUUCGAGUGCGCCAUCUGCUUGGAAGUGUUCGACCAGCCUGUAAGGACCAAAUGCGGCCACGUAUUUUGUCACAUUUGUAUUACCACAUGUUUAAGAAAUCAUACAUGGACAUGUCCAUAUUGCCGAGCCUACCUACCUUCUGAAGGGAUUCCAGCAACCGAUAUUAUCAAAAUGAUGAAAAAUACACACCAAAACUGUACAGAAUGUAAAACACAGGUAUGCCUUAGUGAAAUGAGAGCUCAUUUGAAGACUUGUGACCAAUAUAUAGAAAAAUAUGGGCCUCUACAAGAAGUUGCAUACCCUGAAACAAGGUAUCCUUGUCCUUUCUGUCAGAAUGAACUGGAUGAAAAUGAUCUCUUGGACCAUUUUCUCACUUUUCACAGAACUGAAAGACGACCAGUGUACUGUCCAAUCUGUCGUUUACUACCUGGUGGCGGUCCAAGUUACUACAUCAGAAAUUUUAUAAGGCAUCUUCAGCUGAGACAUACAUUUUAUUAUGAAGAUUAUAUUGACAUAAAUAUUGUAGAAGAAGUUCUCAUUGAAAGAGUUCUGGAUCGAUCAGUUUUGGACUAUGUACAUGUGAAUAAUCCAGGUACUGCAUGAUCACCAACAAUUCGAAGAGAAGACAAAUGGAUUACAUCGUGAAUUAAAGCACUGGUUGUUUAUGCUGUUAUUAACUACCAUACAAAAAUUUUUGAAUUUUAAAUAUUUCAUAUGUGAAACAUUCCAUUUCAAGUAUGAAACAAUUGUUCUGACCAUUCUAUUUAAAACUAUAAAUUUCAAGUUCAAAAUGAGAUAUUUCAAGAAUGAAACUUGGUGUAUCAAUUUCCUUGUCUGUAAUUCAUUUCUAUAAUUAAUAAUUAAGUUUCUAAACUCCAUUAUUUUUCUUAAACAUAUAUAAACACUAGCAUCAAACUAAUCUUAAUUGGUUGUGAAUUACUGAGAUUGAAUGCAUACCAGAAAUCUUCUCAAUGUAUAGCUUGAGUUCUGCCAUUAUUCAUUAAUUUCAGAUUUGGAAAACCUAUCUUUAAACACUUUCAAGAAAUCUGUUUGUCUCUAAUCAUUAAUCCUAUAUGUAUAUGGUACUACACAAGCCAAUCAUGGAAUAAGAUCUUAAUGAAGAUCAAUUAGUAUCCAGAUUUUUAUACCACCACGAUGUAAAAUGACAGCCAAUCUCAUUGUACACAUGUACUCUGAACAAUGAAGGUAAUAAUUUAAAAAUAUUCAGAGGAAGUUCUAAGAGCAAAACAUAUAUUUACAGAAAAUUUUAAAUUUGCUCUAAACAAGUUGGCAAGCUAGAAAACUUGCUAUAAUUCUAAUUCAUUCUUAUCCUUUAAUUUCAACAUUAGGAAAAUAUUUGUUUUUCAAAAUAAAC